AAAACGCAAAUAUAGAGGCCAAAAACACGGAUGGCCUCACACCAGUUUUAGUUGCUCUAAAUGAAAACAAAGAGCAAAUGGUGAAAUUUUUAGUAGGAAAAGGAGCACGUCUACUUUCAGGGGAUACGGUUAAAAGCAGUGACCAACUAAUUUCUGAACAUGAAGAAGAAAUGAAACCUGAAAAUUCUUCACAGAAUCAUGAUCUAGUGGCUAAGAAGUCUGAAGAAGUCUCUUUAAGCAGUCGUACCCGCAAAGCUGAUACUGAUGAUUCAAGGCCUUCAAAACAUGAGGACUUAAGUUCUGGUACCAAGACUGUCCCGAAACUAAACUUAAGAAAGCAAAUGGCUGCUUUUCUGCGACCCAAGAAAGCAAAAUGUGGUCUUGUGAGCCAAGAAGAUAGACCUUUAUUUGCUGACAACAAUUUUGCAAGGGAAGAUAAGACUGAAACUCUCUGUAAACCAUCCGUCAAUGUCUCUGACUAUUCUCCUCUUGCUUUUGUAUCACCCGAAACUCCUCAAACGUCUUCAGCAAUGCUUGGUGUUACAAAGGUAAGUUGUUUUGAACUUUGUCCCCCAUGUUUUUUCACAUACUAUCCUCUUGAUAUCCUUAUAAUGAAAAGAAUCUUAGGGAGAAAUGGAAGCCCUCAAGAAUAUAAGAGAAAACAGUGUAAUAACAACAGAGAAGUAAGUACUGGGUUGAGAUUUAUUACGGUUGGUGGGAAUAAACAAAUCUUAGGUGUGCCAUUAUGGAGGGAAAGAAUUAGAAAGCAACUGGAUAGAAUAGCUAGAUGGAUGUGAAGAUGAGGGGAGGGGUUGUGGGGUAAGAAUUCAUUUAAUAAGGAUGAGACGAAUGUAAAGAUAGGAGAGUUUAGAGAGAUUAUUAUUAAAAACACAGCAGUAGUGAGGCUAAGGUAGAACAGAUGCUGUAUAUUAUAAAAUGCGGUAGAAAUUAUUUUAAAUGCAAGUUAAUAAAAGGCAAUACAAAACAUGCUCAGAUUCUUCAGAAUGACAGCUGGUUUUUAUGAAGAACUGGGAGGAAAUUUUACCCUUUUAAGUUUAAUAAAG